GGGGCGGCAGAUCCCCGAGGCUCCCGCAGCCGCCUCAGGACCGGCCAGCGGCGCCAUGGAGGGGAGCCCCAUCCCGGUGCUGACAGUGCCCACGGCACCCUACGAGGACCAGCGGCCAACCGGCGGUGGCGGGCUGCGGCGACCCACGGUGCUUUUCGAGGGUCAGCGCAACUACCUGCCCAACUUCAUCCAAAGUGUGCUGUCGUCCAUCGACCUGCGCGAUCGCCAGGGUUGUACUAUGGUGGUGGGCAGCGACGGCAGGUACUUCAGCAGGACGGCCACUGAGAUCGUGGUGCAGAUGGCUGCCGCCAACGGGAUUGGACGGCUGAUUAUUGGGCAGAAUGGCAUCUUGUCAACACCUGCAGUCUCCUGCAUUAUCAGGAAGAUCAAGGCAGCUGGUGGAAUUAUCCUCACGGCCAGCCACUGUCCUGGAGGACCAGGGGGAGAGUUUGGAGUGAAGUUUAAUGUUGCUAAUGGAGGUCCUGCACCAGAUGUGGUCUCAGACAAAAUCUACCAGAUCAGCAAAACAAUUGAGGAAUAUGCCAUAUGUCCCGAUCUUCGAAUUGACCUGUCUCGACUAGGAAGACAAGAGUUUGACCUGGAGAACAAGUUCAAACCAUUCAGAGUGGAGAUCGUGGACCCCGUUGAUAUCUAUCUCAACCUUCUUCGGACCAUCUUUGACUUUAAUGCCAUCAAGAGUUUGCUGACUGGGCCUAGCCAGCUGAAGAUCCGAGUUGAUGCCAUGCAUGGAGUGAUGGGACCCUACGUGAGAAAAGUUUUGUGUGAUGAGCUGGGGGCCCCUGCCAACUCUGCUAUAAACUGUGUCCCACUAGAAGACUUCGGAGGGCAGCACCCAGACCCAAACCUGACAUAUGCAACCACCCUUCUGGAAGCCAUGAAAGGAGGAGAGUAUGGAUUUGGAGCUGCAUUUGAUGCUGAUGGGGACCGUUAUAUGAUCCUUGGCCAAAAUGGCUUCUUUGUGAGUCCCUCAGACUCCCUUGCUGUCAUCGCCGCCAACCUCUCUUGCAUUCCGUAUUUCCGUCAGAUCGGGGUUCGAGGGUUCGGGAGAAGUAUGCCAACCAGCAUGGCUCUGGACAGAGUGGCUAAAUCAAUGAAGGUCCCUGUGUAUGAGACCCCUGCUGGAUGGAGAUUCUUCUCGAAUCUGAUGGACUCUGGACGAUGCUCUCUGUGUGGAGAAGAAAGCUUUGGCACUGGAUCUGAUCACCUCCGAGAGAAAGAUGGCCUCUGGGCUGUCUUGGUCUGGCUGUCCAUUAUCGCUGCCCGGAAGCAGGGCGUGGAGGAAAUCGUUAGGGAUCAUUGGGCCAAAUAUGGCCGCCACUACUACUGCAGGUUUGACUAUGAGGGGCUGGAGCCCAAGGCAACAUACUACAUCAUGAGGGACCUGGAGGCCCUGGUUACAGACAAGUCCUUCAUCGGCCAACAGUUUGCUGUGGGGAGCCACAUUUACAGCGUCGCAAAGACAGACAGCUUUGAGUAUGUGGACCCUGUGGAUGGCACCGUGACCAAGAAACAGGGCCUGAGGAUCAUUUUCUCAGAUGCAUCACGGCUCAUAUUCCGGCUCAGUUCCUCCAGUGGUGUGCGGGCCACCAUCAGACUGUAUGCAGAGAGCUACGAGAGGGAUCCCAGCGGUCACGAUCAGGAACCACAGGCAGUGUUGAGCCCUCUCAUAGCCAUCGCGCUGAAAAUCUCCCAGAUUCACGAGAGAACUGGCCGGAGGGGGCCCACCGUCAUCACCUGAGCACUGGGCAGAAGAGCACCCCGAGGGACGAGAGAGGAGAGAUGCUUCACCGUGCCUUCUUGCUUCCUGUUUGUGCCUCUUAGGACUUUGGGAAAACAAAAGCUAUUUUGCUGUUGGGGGAGGGGGUAAGAUGAAAUGAGGGUGGGGAGGGAGGGUAAGCAUUCGUCUUGGUUUGGUUUGUUCAGUUCCUCCAAAUGCAGCAGGGUCUUUAGCUGUCUGUCAAAGCUUCACUAUUGUUUGGUAUCUGUAUUUCACCACACCCAUGAGCUCCCUCCUUGGAGAGAGACAGCUGCACUAGGAAACUAUCAAUCAGCCCCUGUGUAUAUCUGGUGUCUUGUGAGAAAAGAUUCAGAGAGAGAGAGAGAGAGAGAGAGAGAGAGAGAGAGAGAGAGAGAGAGACAGACUCUUAUGUUCGAAGGACUUUGGGUAAGCAGAAGACCUCACCAACGUGGAGAAGGACUCAACUUUGCACUCCUAAUCAGUUCUACCAAGGUGAAAGGGUUAGAACGUCUAGGACACACGCCUCUCCCACCAGCCACCCAAUGGUCCAUUCUCCCCAGCCUCCCACCAUCUAUACACUGCCUCCCUCACAUCUUCUGGAGUUUUCUAUGACUCGCAAUGGCACGCCCCCAACAAGACGUAUAAAAGGGUGUUUUCUUCUCUUAUUUUACAUAUAGUAUUAAUUUAGCUACCAAGCUGGCUGCAUCCUUCUGAAUGUUGUCAUUUCCUGUGCAGGUUGGGAAGGAUUUUCUGGAAAAGACUGAGCAUGAUGGGAAAAGCUUUCUUGAUUAUGUCAUGGAAGCCAGUACGUGGGUUUGUAUAAAUCCUCCAAGGAAGAGUA